CGUCUGUAUUACAAACAUGGGAAGCAGAGCCUUCUUUUACUGUUUUGUUCAAGUCCUUCCAUUUCUUCAAGACUUUAAGAAUCCAUUGCGUCUACUCUGCAACUUCCUGCAAAUCUCAAAGCCUAAAAAGUUACCUACAUACCAAUUCAGACAGCUGUAUAUCUGUGCUUCUGCUUUCCCCAAUGUCUCAUUGAGAUUCGACAGGAAAGGGCGCAUGGCGUCCCUCACCCCAGGAUUACUUUCAAAGCUUCUGGAAAACGUGGGAAACAAGGACGUCAAGGUAACAGGAGAACAUCGUUCGCCUCUCCUUCAGGUGAUAGAGAUCGUCCCUUCACUUGCAGAAGAUCCUUGGCACAGCAAUGGCUUCUUUCUCAAGCUCUCUGAUUCUCUCCAUGCUGCUUAUGUCUCCAUCUCCCCAGAAGACGUGGAUUUGAUUUACGCAGACAAGAUUCAGUUGGGUCAGUUUGUUUAUGUGGGUGGACUCGAUAAAGGCUCUCCAGUUCCCGUUAUUCGUGGGUUGAAGUCCCUACCCAAGAGAAGACCCUGCAUAGGAACUCCCACUGACUUGGUGCCUAGCGAUGUUUUACCCACUCGGCCAUCUGUGCAUUUCUCCAAGGACAAGAAAACUAAGAAAGGUAGCAACUUUAAGAUAAAGAGAGAUGGGUUUGAUGGCUCCAAUAAGUUAAGAGCCAUAAAUAAGGGUUUGGGGAGACUUAGUUUGGAUUCUGCGAGGAGGGUUUGGGAUCAGACUCCUUCAACGCCAAGGAAUUCUUCUGCUCAGCUUCCUUCUUCGCGUCUGAAAACUAAACAAGUUGUUGCUGAUAGGAAAGCUUCUCCUAGGAAUGAUCCAUCAUCAAAGCGCCCAAGUCUGAGCAUUUCUCCACUGAAAAACAAAAAUGAUAAUGUUUCAUCAAAACUGGUGGAGAAGUCUUCAAGAAACUCUGCGAGAUCAUUGUCUGAUGAAACUAUUCCUAGCCAUCUUGUUAAGGUUCCACUCAAUUCCAAAAGUUGGUCAGACCAGAGGAUCUCCUGGGACGCACUCCCACUCACAAUCAAAGAUCUUGGAAAGGAAGCUGUGUCUCAUAGGAAUGUUUCCUUUUUGGCUGCUGUACAAGCACUGGAAGAAGCGUCUUGUUCAGAGGCCAUCAUUAAUUGCUUACAUGCAUUUGUGGAACUGUGUAAUUCCUCUCAGAAACCAGGACCAUUGGUGGAGCAGUUUUUGGACAUCCAUCAUAGUAUGCAGAUAGCAGCAGUGGCUGCUAACUCUUUACUUCAUGCAAGGAAUCCUCAGGCAAAUUCACUAAGCAUGUGCAGAACAUCACCCAAGAAGAAUGCCAAGUCCUGGGUGCAAGCUGCCAUACACACUAAUCUUUCCAAAUUCACUCUGUGCAGUAACCCAGAGAAGGCCGGAAUUAGCCUUGGUGAGAAGUAUCAUUACCUCAUAAUAGAAAAUGAUCCAAGCAAGUUGAUAUCUGAAAAUAAUCCACCUCAAAGCAAACAAAGCCCUCAAAGUCACUACAGUUCCGGACCAGAUUCAGAUGCUACCCACCGGAGUUCUCAGUCUUUGAAGAAGCAUAAUUCAUCUGCAAACAAAAUGUAUUUCGGAAAGGACACAUUGUCUGGUGAAAGUGGAUUAAAGGAGGCAGCAAAUUUGGCAGAAAAGCUCCUUACGGUUUCUUGCCAAUGGUUCUUCAAGUAUUUGGAGAGUUCACUAGAUAAACGAUUUGGGUUAAGUGGAAGGGAAGGAAGCACUGAUAUUGCAUCUCUUCUGGGACAGCUUAAAAGGGUUAACAGUUGGUUGGAUGAUCUAGUUGGGAGUGGGAUGCAAGCUGAUGAGAAGAUAGAAGGCAUUAGAAAGAAAUUGUAUGAGUUCUUACUUGCGAAUGUUGAUUCUGCUAUUGCCGGUAAGUAGAUAAAUUUAGCCGAGAGCUGACAACUUUAACCCCUAGAAUAUAUUGAAAUCCAUUGACAUCCAAUUAAACUAGUGAUUUUGUAUACUGUUGGGAACGAGUUCUCGUAUCAUGAUGAAUCUUUGCUAAUUCUUAGAAGAAUAGGGUCAUGAAGUAAGAUGACUUAUAAAACAUGUUCUAUUUUCAUGGUUCAUGCGAAUCUAAGAACUUUAUUUGUUCUCAACUGCAUUUCUCAGCAACAUACAGUUUGGUUUGUAA